GAUUUGCCGAUCUCGACGUUGACCAGUAACCACCACCAUCCCACCAACAGGAUCAAUGGGUGGCUUUCUAUGGUUUGUCGCUGGUGCGGCUGCAGCCACCAUCUACUGCAACGGUCGCAUACAGGCUGGGUAUUACGCUGCGAACCCGAAUGGGUAUUAUGAACGUGGAUGGGUGCGUCAGAACGCACCUUUCGAAUCCGAUGAAAAGGUGCCAGAGGGCGAAGAGAGGGAACGACGGUAUGCGUAUGGAGCCGGCGUGCGGUUAGAGGGUCAGCAAAGGUUUGGCUUGGAGGUGCCUCAACGGCAACGAGAGCGACCGGAAGUUACGCCGCCCCCGCCUCUACCACCUCAGCAGGAAGAACAGCCCUCCCUGGAGCGUAUUCGGGAGCUCAGCAAGCAAGCAGACGAAGCAAUGUCUGAGUUGUCUGAAGCUACACUCGAUUCUCUCAUGGCGAUUAUCAUCGCAGCUAAGAAUGUGUGUCGGCAAUUCCAUUCUUCGAGACCUGGCUCUGGACUCAUCGGCUUGUAGAAAUUGGCAGAACGUCGUGCUCAGCGGGAACAGGAGGAGAAACGGGCAUCGGAAGCGAACAAGUUUCCCCCUCGCUACGUCUAACAUUUAUCGUUGACAACGGGGAUGGAUGCACUGCAUAGGCUGUGCCCCGACUUGGUGUACGAGCUAUUUCCAGUCGGAUUCCUGACGCUAGCAUGCACCAGCGAUAUCUGUCCAUCUCUUGAAAGCGGGUGCUCAAGUCGUGCCCUGGAUAGCAGUAUAUCU